AUGGAUGAUAAACCUUACGUAACGUUUCACAAGAGAAAGAAAACAAGAGCAAAUGCAAAAGUAAGCAGAGAAAAAAUUAAGAAGAACUUUCUGAGAAAUGAAAAAUUCAUUCGACUUUCAACGAUAAGCAAAAGUUCGACAAAGAAAACGUUUUUACAUACUUUGUUCAAAAGUUUUAUCAAGCCAUACAAUGAAAAGAAUACAGCGUUUUACUCCAUUUUGUGUAUAAUUAAUAAUAUAUACAAAUGCCACUACUUUUCGAAGCAUCGUUGCUUGAUUUGCAAACCAUUGCACGAAAGGAGCGCGUCCAUAUUGCAGGAGGGAGGUGGCUACCCUGAUUGCUGCGAUGGGGAGGAUAUCGCGUCUGCGUCUGGCGGGGGUUCCCUUACCACCUGCGCAAGCUUGUCUUCCACUACCGCGUCUAUUACUGCGUCUACCACCGCCACGGCCACCUUCCCUUAUGACAUAUACUACAACUUGCGCAAAAUCAACUUGAUUGAGUCUGGAAAACUGAAGAGCAGCGCGAGUGGCGGCAAGUCGGAAGGAAGUCGCCAAGCGGGUGAGGUAGAUCGAAAUCAGAGCACGCAAGGAAAGGAAAGUUCGGAGACAGAGCCGAACAGAGGGAUGUUACUGUUGGACAUGGAGAAAAGGAAAAUAACGGAGGGUGGAAAUGAGAGCGAAAGUGAGGUCAGAAAUGAAGUCGAAACUAGAGUGACCAUGGGAAUGGUGAAGGCCCCUGUGGAGGGAAAAAACGCACGCGAGUAUCUCCAUCCGGAGAACAAAACCAGUCAACAAGUAGAUGCAACAAAAACGAAUGCCUUAAAUAACAAGCCCAAAUCAAGCGCAGUGGUGGUCAGGAAAAACGUUUCUAUCACCAAUAAGGAAGUGUCCCCAAUAAAGGAACCGAUCAAAAAUUUUAUAAGUGCAAAGUUAAAUCUUACCAAUGUGCAGCAUUAUUACUUCCUCUCACACAACAAGGAGCACUUCGAAGAUCCAUACCAUUUCGAUGUGUUUGAAAAGAUAAAUAUAUUCGACAAAAUUUUACUCGACUUAAACCAGAGUGAAAUACACCCCAAUGUAUUAAGGACAGGAAUUUUUUUUAACAAAUAUUUGAAUACGACCCACAAUGACAGGAAUGUGGAUUUGCUGACAGCCCUCAAGUCUUUUAUUAAGGACUACUCUCUCCCUCCCUACGAACCCAUUAACAGGCACAUGAAGGUUGUUAUAGACAAAGAAAUAAAUUACAUAAUAAUGUGCAAAAAGCAUAGCAUCAGUAUGGGCGAAGUGAUCAGAUGGUUUAAAAAUAUGAUUACAGAACAUAUAGGAAAGAAUGUGUUAGAGCAGACGAAGGUAAUAAUUACGAACAAUAUAAAUAAUUAUAUAAGAACUAAAAUUGUCAUGCCUUCAAUACACAUUUCUAACUAUGUAGCGGAGCACAUCAUUACGGACAACGACAUUCUUCUAAUUUACACCUUCGAUUAUGACAUAUAUUUGUCCAUCGUUAAGGCGAAGAGAAGCGGAAAAAAGUUUCAAAUAAUUCUGGUUGACUCGGAACCUUAUAAAAAUUCAUAUGAUAUUAAAUUGUAUACGAAACUUGGGAUCCCAGUUACGUACACAUUAAUCGGCGCCUUAUUUUACAACAUAAAAAAUUGCACCAAAGUAUUGCUAGGGAUUGACGCAAUCAUACAUAAUAGUGUUUAUGCCUAUGUGGGUACGAGCAUUAUAUGUAUGAUGGCUCACCUUAGCAAUGUGCACGUCUAUAUUGCUUGUGAAACAUACAAAAUUAGUAACAAAAUUAUUAUUGAUAGUUUUAGCAUUAAUAAUAUCAACAAUAAUUUGGACAUUUAUAAUUAUAUAUACAUGCACCAUCAUCCCCAUCAUAGACACCAUAGUCACUACGAUCACUACCGACAUCAGCAGAGGCAUCAUCACCAACAACAACAACAACAACAUGCAGCUUCCCAUAAGGGUUCCCCCCAAAUGAAUAAAAGUGUGGAUCAGGGGGUCAUGUUUAACCGGAAAUUAAACACAUUCAUAAAUUCCUACGCUGAUAUAAGCUCCACUGCAGUCCUUUUUAAUAAUGGAGAAAUUGACUCAAGAAGGAGUGCGCCUUCCAAGCCUCUUAUCAAAUAUUUCGCUGUAGAAGCGGGAAAAAAAAGGUCAGGCGCUUUCCCCCCCUCUAGUAGGAGAUCAAAGCAUGUCCAGGAAAAGGUCUACCUAGUAGAAGGAACGCCACCCCCCUCCAUUCGUGCUAACCCCAAUGGGAUACUUCUGAAAGGAGAUCCUAAAAUAAAUUGUCAACCAAGUGAAUGGAAGGAUCACCCAGCGAGCAGCCAUCCAGAAGUUUUAAAAACAAAUAACGACCACUUCCCCAGUAGUUGUAAUGCCUUCCUCAAAGAUGCAGAUACUACGCACAACGGAAUGGACACCUCCACAUUGUUACCCAAGCAGGACGAUGUGAAAAGGGAAAUACCCAUUUGUACGAAGCAGGAAUAUUCCGAAAGGGAGGAAGAGGCAAGUGUUAGUAGGAAUAGCGAUGUUGGUAUGAGGGAUCCGGGGAAAAAUGUCAAAAUAUUUACCACUGCAAGUGUGCUUACAACCAUAAGCACUAGCACAGUAGGAUCAACCAAGGGGAUACUGAAACAACCCGGAAGAACAUCCAAUGAAGAGAAAAAUGAAAAAAGUAAUCCCCUCCUAAGUAGUAAACAGAAUUGUGCAAACCUUCCCAGUCCCGAUAAAAAUUUUAUUAAAAAGAAUAAAGUGUUUUUUAACCUUAAAAGUGGCAAAAGUACUUCUCCCCCCCGUUUUAGCAGCCACAUUUGUACCCCUUCGAAUAACUUGAGCACGCACAAUGAUACCUGUGAAAGUGAGGAAGAGAAAAUAUGUUGCAAUAGUAUUUGUGAUUCAAUUUGUACCUCCAUUGGAAAUAUGAACGUAAAAAAUGUAUGCACAGACACACAUAAUGAGACGAACCUGUUCAGUUCCGUCCAGUCGCACAUAAGAAAAAUUAAUUCCACCACGGACAAGUCUUUUUACGUUGCCAAUAUAUGUAAUGAUGUUACUCCGCUGAAACAUAUCACUUAUAUCGUCACGGAGAUGGGGUUAUACACCAGCGCAAACAGAAACGCAUUGAAGGUGUUCGUUCAGAAUAACUUCUAG